UGAACUCUUCCAGCUGAGAUCGGCGUGUUAUUUCCCUGGGGUACAUCACGAACUAAUAUGAUGUUUAAUCGUUUGCUUACUUUCUUUCAGAAGUAAGCAUGUCAGCUCUUAGCAGCAGUUUGUGGGCUUUCAGCAAAAAGAGUACAAACAGAAUAUUAAAUUUUCUACUUUUUGUUUUGGUGUGCCUUGCUUGGACCUAUGUCAUCACAGCAGGAAGGUUUGCAUCAGUGCAGUACAUGCAGAAAAAACUUCUCUAAGAGCAUAUUUCUUUGAGAAACAUCUACAGAAAAUCUUACAUAAUCCCCAGAAUGGAAGUAAUUGCAGAAAAUGCUGGUCUGCUGAGCAAUUUGGAAGUAUAUAUGCUUUUAAAAGACAUAAGAGCUGGUCAAGUGAACAAACAGAAGCUGCACAAGUCACAACAUAAUCUGGCCACCAUCACUUACGAAACUGUCAAGUACUUAGAGCGUUCACCAUGUGGACAGCAAACCCCAGAGAAUGUGGCCUCAUUUAUGAAGGCAAUGAAGAACUUCAACCUGACCAAAGCUGAAAAGCUGCAAUUGCUCAACCACCGGCCAACUAGUGCAGUCGAGAUCCAGCUUAUGAUUGAAGAGAGUGAAGAAAGACUAACAGAAGAGCAGAUUUACCAGCUUCUCAGUGUUAUUGCUGCCAGCCUCCCAGGUCCAGAACCAGAGCAGCCACCUGUAUCUCAGGAAGCCGAAGGAGAGAGAAUGGAAACUUAUGAUAAUGACUAUGAGGCUAUAUAAAUAUAUCAUUUACCUUUAUUUGAAGUAUAUAUAUAUACACACUAAUUAGUGAUGCCUUUGUAAAAAUCUUGUUUUAUUAAAAUUUGAUUGACGCUUCAGAAAGACAAGAUUUAAUUUUUUUUAUGUACAUAAAGAUACACUUAGGCGGCUAUGUCUUCUGUUUUUCAUACUGUGGAGCUUGCAAUCACCAUCUUUUUAGCAGAUUGAGGCCUAAAAACUCUCCCAUCCACAAGAAAAGCAUUAAUGUUAUGAGCAAGUUCCAUAAAUGUUUUAAUGUUCUACCAGUCAGCUAGGGUCCUCUUCCUCACUGAAGGUGAGAUCAAAGGCCAAUGAACAGGUUCAAGGGGUGAGAGGUUGGAGAGUAUGAAAAUGGGGCCUCUCCCUCCAGAAAAAAACAAAAGUCAUGGCUGCCUUUGAGAAACCCAUCGUGUCUCAUAUAAAAAUUUAAGGACAGAAGACCAGGAUCUGAAGGCAUAAGCACAAUAUGUUUAAGUUAAUAUAAUGAAGUUUAGUAAUAUUUUCGUGAGAGCAUCAACUACUUACUAUUGUAAAUGAACAGCAAAUAAUCUGUUCAAUACAAAGAUUUAAAAAAAAAGAUAAUGCGGAGGCUGUGAAGUAAUAAAUCAUCUGCUUAUUAGAGGUCAAUGAAAGAGAACUUCAAAGUGAAUUUGAAAUGGCUAUGUUAGGCACAAAAUAAGGAAUUAAACUGGUAAGAAUAGACUGGAAAAUUUUCUUAGAUACCAAGAAACCUGGUUGGAUGGAAGUAUGAUGUAAUGCCAGUAAUAAUAAAAAAGUAAUCUGCAUAUCUCAUUAAUUAAAUCUCGCUUCAUCAUAAGUAUUUUGUUCAACAAUAAUCACUCAUCUAAUAUGUUUUAUUUGUAUUGAUUGGCUCCAAUGUCUCUGCAUACAUUUAAAAAUUAUCUCUUUGAUUAAACUCGUUCUACAGUU